UCUCGAAACCCUAUGAUCAACCAGACCUUUCUCAAUGGACAGAGAGAGAAAGACAGCAGAGGAAGUAAAUUAAAGAGAGAAAAAGAGGAAGUGUAACAAAGAUUUUGUUUGAGUUUGAGUUUGAGUGUUGUGAGUUUGAGUGUUGUGAGUUUGAGAGUGGGUUUUAGUUUGUUCGUGUAAGAGAAAGAAAAAAAGCAGAGAUAAAAAAAGGAUGCGUGAAGUGUGCACCCUAUACCCAAAACCUCAGGCUCUUGGAACGAAUCACUGCUAACCUGCGCCAGCUCUCUCCUUCUCUCUGCCAUGUUUUCAGCUUCAGAAGAGGAUCAUGAUAACCUUUCAUUUCAUCAUUCUUAAUAAACCCAAAUCUCUCUCUCUUUCACUGUUUUUUCUCUCUUUUUCGUAUUCAUGAUCGUCUCCCGUCUUCUGUACUAAUCAUUCCAUCUCUCUCUCUUUCUCUGUUUAAUUUUAGUUGGUGUAUCUCUGUGCUGGUACUCUUUUGACUCGUUUUUUAUUUUGUUUACCCUCUUAAAGUCUGUCAGUGUGUCUCUCUAGAGUUUUAGCUAGAGAGGUUUAAUAAUUUUUUUUUGUGGUGGCUAUGGCGGAGGGUUUUGAGCCCUACCAUGUCCCACAACAGAGCAGAAGAGAUAAGCUAAGAAUUGUGGCUCAAAACCACCCAGCUUGUGUUGAAGCAACGGCUGCUACUCUUUCAGGCUGCUCAGCUUUACUUCCUUUGUACGACCCUUCUCUUCUUUCUUCCGAUUUGUUAACUUGCGCUGCCAACGCUAGUGCUACUGCUGGUAGCCAUGACUUUCACCACCAAACCAACCACCUAUCAGCUUCUGCUUCUGGUAAAAACAGCCCCGUUUGUGUUGUUAAAGAGGAAGGUGUGAAUUUCAUGGGCUUUGUUGGUGGGAUCGUUAACGCUUCUUCUUCUUCUUCGACUUCUCAUCACCCUUAUUUGGAUCCACAAUCUUCUUUGCCCUUAAACCCUAGCUCGAUUCAAGAUAUGAAUAACAACCCUUUUCUUUAUACUCCGCAAAACCUUCAGAGCCUAAGAGAUUUUGACCAUUCUUAUAAUAAUGGUGGUGAAGUUGUGGUUUAUAAACCUGAAGCCUUGUCUUUGAAUCAUGAGUCUAGCACCACCGGUCAAGGCUUGUCUCUUUCUUUAUCUUCUCAUAACGCCCACCAAAACAAUCUUCCUUUGGAGCUAAAUCUGCAAAGAUUCGAGUCAGCUAUCUACAGUGACAAGGUUACCGCCAGUGGAUAUGUGGUUCCAGGCAUUGUUGGUGCAAGUGCUUCCACUUCGAAUGAGGUUUCCAGGAGCUCGGUCCCUCUCGGGCCUUUCACGGGUUAUGCUUCGAUUUUGAAGGAAUCGAGGUUUAUGAGGCCCGCACAACAGUUAUUAGAAGAGCUUUGCGAUGUGGGUAGGGGAAGUUACGCCGAAAAAAUUACUCCUGAUUCUUCUUUGAUGGAGCCUCCAUUGGAGAAUUUGAGUCCCGCUGGAAUUGUCGAUGAUCCUCUUGGUGGGGGUGAUGGUGGUGAGAGCAGAAGAAAGAAGUCAAGGCUAAUUUCGAUGCUUGACGAGGUUUACAAGAGGUACAAGCAAUACUAUCAACAGAUGCAAGCUGUUGUUGCAUCAUUUGAAUAUGUUGCCGGACUUGGCAAUGCAGCUCCAUAUGCGAAUUUGGCUUUGAAAGCCAUGUCUAAACAUUUCAGGUGCUUGAAAAGUGCAAUCACCAACCAGCUUCAGUUCACCAAUAAAGCUCAUGGUCAGAUAAGCCCCGGAAAAGAAGAAGGUCCAAGGUUUGGAAGCACUGACAGAAGUCUUUAUAGCCGGCCUGUUCAUAACGCUGGGUUCCUUGAGCACCAACCGGUGUGGCGGCCUCAACGAGGCCUUCCUGAGCGUGCUGUAACUGUACUUAGGGCAUGGCUAUUUGAGCACUUUCUACACCCUUAUCCAACUGACACAGACAAGCUGAUGUUGGCAAAACAAACCGGUCUAUCACGUAGCCAGGUGUCAAAUUGGUUUAUCAAUGCAAGAGUAAGGCUUUGGAAGCCUAUGGUGGAAGAAAUACACAUGCUAGAAACACGGCAAGCUCUAAAAGCUUCGCAAAAGGAGGACAGAAAUGCCAACAAGUCAAGUGAUCAUUUGUCCUCAGCAAACUCUCUCGCAUCUGAAAACCCAUCCACCUCCACCCAAAGGGUUCAAGAUACCCCAUCCAAGCGCACUAGAAGUGAACUUCCUGACAUACCCGUGGGAAGUGAACCACUCAACUUGUCGUACAACAGCUUGUCAAGCCACCCGCAUGUUGGUGUUGGUGUUAGCAUGGCUGGUGGAAGUGGUGGUGUUUCAUUAACACUUGGUCUUCAUCAGAAUAAUGGUAUCGGAUUAUCAGAGCCCUUCCCUAUAAAUGCAGCUCAGCGAUUCGGCCUCGGCCUCGAGGUAAGCAGCGAGGGAUAUGUCAUCGGCGGUUUUGAAGCACAGAAUCGGCAUUUUGGAAGGGAUGUUAUAGGAGGGCAGCUUUUGCAUGAUUUUGUUGGUUGAAAAAUGUUCAGAGGAAAAAAGCUUUCUGGUCAUUAUUUUAAUUGGAUAGUAUUAUACUAACAAAGUGUCACUAUAGAUGAGCCAAUAUUUAUUACCAGAAUGCAAAGCUGAAACAAGAGUAGUCCGAAAUGAUUGUCUUCUUUUACGGUGUAAGAUCUAUGCCCAUCAAAUUUGCAGUGUAUAUUUCCAUUUAGAAAUGUCGACCGACAUAGAGAUCGUUGGUGUAUAAUUCUUCUGUAAAUUUAUAAUUUACAUGAUAAAAAAUAUAUACAUUUUGAGGCCAUCAAAUCAAGGCUGGCCUUAGAAUGUGCUUUUGAGUGUGCA